AUGAAAAAUUUAAAUACAACAACAACUAUACCAGUUUUAAAGUCACAAACAAAUACUGUUAAUAAACAACUAACAAAGAAUAGUGAGAGUUUGAAUGUUUUUAACACUAAACAAACAACAAUAAAUAAUGAUGGUACACUGAAGUGUACUAUACCAAAGAAAAAGAUAAGUACAUUGAAAUCACCAGUACUACCAGGUAUGCUUAGAUAUGUAAGUAUUAAUAAAAGAAAUUUAAGUCCCCAAAAUAAUGGAACGUCUGUCAAGAAACAGAAGAUUGUUGAUUAUCCCUUGAUAGGCAAUCGUUUCGCACUCUUGAGGGAGGAUAAUAAUAAGAGUAUAAAAGAUGGUGCUUACGAAAAGCAAUCAUUAAAGCCACCACCAAUAUAUCUGCGUGACCCCAGCUCGAAUAAUUGUUUCAAAACAUUUGUUGAACACUUUGGAAAAAAUAAUUUCCAUAUUGUUCCUAUAAGAAAAGGCGAUGUGCAAGAGACGAAAAUAGUCGUAUACACUGAGGAUUUUUAUAGAAAAAUCUCUCAAUACCUAAAUGAUAAUAAAAAGAAUUUUUAUACCUAUCAACUGAUAAGUAGUAAAGGGUUGACAGUUGUCAUUAAUAACCAUUGA